AUGAAGGCGUAUUCGUACAAGCCGAAGGGCGUGGUGACGGCCGUCUUCUCUGACGGCGCCGCCACCAUCAGCAGCUGCGGCUCGCCCCCGGCGCGGCCCUGCACCGGCCGUCUGUCCUGCUCCGCCGGGGCCGACGGUGAGGACAGCGACCCGGCCGACGACGGCACGGCCCGGUUCAGGGUGUCGGUGACGCUGGCGCGGCGGCAGAUGGCCGGCGAGAAGGUCCAGCUGAGACUGCAGCUGGAGGACUACGAUAACGUCCUCACCCGGCCCGUGCUGGUGCCGAUCGGCAGGGGCCUCGUGCAAAACGUGUUCGUCCUCGUGCACGACCAGACAGAGAUACCGCUCGGAGAGGUCGGCGUCAUCAACCUGGCGUGGAAGCUAGUCAGCGACGGCCCCGGAGUCGAUCCGGGACGGGAGCCAGAGCCGGAGCCGGAAGAGGAGCCGGAACGGGAGGAGGAGCCGCAGCCGCAGCCGGAGGGAGAACCGGAGCUGCAGCCGGAGCCGCAGCCGGAGAUGGAGGCGGAUCUGGAGCAGGAGCCGGAGCCGGAGGCGAUGGAUUAUGAUGAGCUUGGGAAUGACGCCAACGAUGACCAGAACGCAGCCGAGGCCGAUAUGCCGGAGCCGGGCCGGGACCGCCACCGCAGCUCGAGCGGCAGUGGCGCCGAGCAGCCGGCCUGGCGGGUGCCUCUGAUGGGUGCUCUGGGCGCGCACCACCAGCGGCUGUACCGGGGCGGCGACCCGGAGCGGCGCCGCGCGCCGCCGCCGCCGGCCGAGCGCCGGGAGCGCCGCCGGCGCCGGCUGGAGAUGGUGCGCUGGUCGGGCCGGCCGCUGGCCGUGUACGUGAUCGAGGUGCUGGUCUACGACCGCCGGCUGCGCGGCGCCCAGCGGCCGCCCGUCCGGUUCCCGGUUGACCGGUGGCUGCGCGGCCCGGUGUACCGGCUCAGUCCGCUCGACUGCAGCCUCCCGCAGGAGGUGGAGGACCCCUCUCAGGUGACCCUCCGACAGGCCGAGCUGCUCUACAAGGCCGAUACGUACGGAUACCGGCCGCUGCGCUUCGACGGAGCCCCGAUCGAGGUGCCUGACAUUCCAGACGAGGAGAAGUUUUACAACAUGCACGAGGCAUUCCACACGGCCCGGGAGGGCGUGGUGGAGAUGUGGUCCGACUUCGCCGACUCGGAGGACAAGUGGACCUGCUUCUCAGAGAUGGAGCGCACCUUCCGACCCUCCGCCCUCGAGACCAACAUAGCGAAUGUGUGGGCCACAGACGAGUGGUUCGGCAACCAGCGGCUGGCCGGGCCGGACAGCUUCCUCAUCACGCUGUGUACAAAGAUUCCCGACAAACUGGGUGUGGAUGACGCCAUGCUCCGUCCGUUUCUGUGCGGUCUGACACUGAACGAGGCCCUCCAGAGGCGCCGGAUGUUCAUCGUCGAUCUGGAGAUUCUCGAUGGACUGCAGGCCAUUCCGGGGAGCGAGAUUUGUGCUCCGGUGGCCCUGUUCUUCCUGAACGGCUCUGGCGAUCUGGUGCCUGUGGCCAUCCAGCUGCACCAGAACAAGGGACCUGACAACCCGGUAUUUCUGCCGAGCGACGACGUGUGCCUAUGGGUGACGGCCAAGAUGUUCUACAACUGCUCGGAGGCGCAGCACCACCACCUGUGGCUGCUGGCGGUGCCGCUGCUGCUGCUCGAGUCGCUCACCGUCGCCGUGCACCGGGCCCUCUCUCCCUCCCACCCCGUGUUCCGGCUGCUCGCCCCCUACCUGCACCGGCGGCUGGAGGGGGCCAACCUGGCGCGCCGCCACCUGCUCACCGCCGCCGGCUGGCUGGACCGCUGCGGCCAGCUCACCCCAGACAGCCGGCGACAGCUCAUCGCCCGCAUCCUGGAGCGCUGGCGUCUGGACCGAGACGGGGUGGUGCCGCGCCAGGUGGCGGCGCGCGGCGUGGCCGAGCCGUCCGUGCUGCCCCACUACCCGUACCGGGACGACGCCACCGCCCUGCACGCCGCCAUUGAGCGCUACGUGCGCGCCUCACUGCGGGCGGUGUACGACGACGAGCGCCGACUGGACGGUGACUGGGAGCUGUUCCAGUGGCGCCGGGAGCUGGGGAACACAGAGCAGGCCGGCGGCUGCCGGAUCAACGGCGUGCGCGGAGACUGCAUAGUAGGGUUCUACCGGCUGGACGAGGUGGUGGAUGUGGUCACAGCCAUCAUCUCCACCUGCUCUGUGGGUCACGCCGCCGCCAGCCGGUCGGCGUUCGCUCAGUACAGCCUGCCUGCCAACUACCCUCUGCGUCUGCUGGGCCGUCCGCCGCGCUCCAAGGAGCUCCUCCCAGACAUGCUGUCCGACAUGGUAGCUCUGAUGUCUGGGCCACGCGCUGCGCGAGAGACGGCCGCCCUGGCGCGCCUGCUGACCAGCAUGUCGCCGAACGUGGUGCGCGAGUACUCCUCGCGGCACCUGUGGCUGCCGGCGGCCGUGGAGGCCGAGGAGGAGAUGUGGGAGGAGAUGAAGAGAGUGGCGGAGGAGGGCGACAAGAGGAACGCCGAGGCCAGGUUCCCGUACCGCUGUCUGACGGCCAGCUGCGACGAGAUCAUGUACGAGGGGAUGUGGUCCUAGAUGACAAACCACUGUUGGGCGGCAGGCUGUGAAGGGGCUCUUGAAAUGCUUCGAACGGCGGAGAGCUACGAAGGUCGCUAGUGCUGGAGGGUCUCAGUGGACUGGACUCUGCGUGAGGAGGGAGCUUCAGCGAACACUGAAGGACUAGCGAAGAAGUUCAGGAGCGCCAGUUCUUGAUAGAGGAGGACUGUGACCGUGACCCACGCUGCAAUUAUGCCGCGUCCGGUGAGAUAGGUACUCAGGGGAGUGUUGUUAGAAGAUUAGUUUGGAGAGAUGAUGGAAAGACUAACUAAGAUCUCGUUUGCAUACGGGUUAUGUGUCGACUUCGUGACCGCUCAAUCAGUGCUCAUCAGAGUACGACUGCUCAGACCAUUCGGUCGGCGACUAGCCUUGAUUGGCGUCAGGAAGGUGGUUUCACCUGUUUUAUCGACUCUGCCGAAGCCGAAUAUCACUGGGUAAGAGUAUGUGAUUUGUACGCGUUUCAUCAGCCGACGUCUUUCUAGCUGAUGAAGAGGAAGUUUUUCCUCUGCCAGCUACCGAUCUGCCAAAUGACGAUGCCGAUACGCGUUCCGUGGAGUGAAUUUAGUACGCAAGAAUAGUUGAGGGUUUUUACGAUUGAUGUGUCCAUACAUGCCUCGCACUGCAUCAUUCGCCUGUAUUUGGACUUGCUGGCGAAAUCAUGAAUACAUCGGACACCAGAGCUUUCA